AUGUUUAAUUUCUCCAACUCGUUUCCUUCUCCAAUCAAUGGCUUCCCUCAUUCUUAUGGUGUUUUCUUUGGUCAAGAAAAAGAUGGUGUUCAUUUCAACCACCACCCAUUUAUCGCCGGAGAUUGCUCUUUUGAUCAUGUUCAAACUCCUUUACCCAUUAAAGCAUCAAGUAUACAAAAUUCUGAUAAUCGUAAUCAUCUGAAUCUUUCAGAAUCAGUGAACUCUCCCUCUAGAAAGAGAGUUGCAGUUUCAAAGAAAGAUCGACACAGUAAGAUCUUCACAGCUCAAGGUCCCAGAGAUCGGAGGGUGAGAUUAUCAAUUGAGAUUUCAAGAAAGUUUUUUGGUCUUCAAGAUUUGCUAGGGUUUGAUAAAGCAAGCAAAACCCUUGAUUGGCUCUUUACGAAAUCGAAGUCUGCCAUUAAAGACUUGCUUGAAGAAAAGAAGCACACGUUAUCUCCUUCAACUCUUACUGAUCAAUGUGAAGAAGUUUUCAUGGAGAAAGGAGAUCAUGUGGAAAAGAAGGGAAAAAAGAAGAAACCAGUAGCUAAGUACGUUAAUGGCGGCAAAAGGAAGAAGAAAACAACACCAAAAAAUAUGAAAACUGGAUUUCCUAUGAAUCUUGCAGCUAGAAACCAGUUAAGAGCAGAGGCAAGAGCAAGAGCUAGGGAAAGAACAAUCGAAAAAUCCCGAAACAAAAACCUGGAAAACAACGACUCCAAGAAUGUUCUUGAUGAUCGUAAUUACUGCUAUCUUCAAUCACAAAGUAACCACGAACCCAAAAUUGGGGAAUCAUUCAUCGAACAAAAGCUUCCAAAGCCAUACUCACUUCUGUAUACUUCCCACCACAACUUCGUUGGAUCAAAAGAUUCAAGCUCCCAGUUUAAGAACAAUCUCCAUUGA